CCUCCAUCGCAAAGCGGGAUCUAGUAAAAUAAGUUGACGUUGACAUCUAUGCCUUCAAAUUCUCUGGAAAUAGCCGGGGAGGGGAGAAUAACCAACCAAUAACAAAGCUGUUUUUUUGAAUGUUCAAAAGUUAAAACUUCAAAAGUGACAGGAGUCUGACAGGAGUGACAGUUUGUUACUUUUUAUGAGUGCAAGUAAGUGUGGUUUUUGUGGUGUAAUAAGAAUGCCAAGUCUCGUGUUAAUGCAUUAAAUGGUAGUUUCUACAAAAUAUUACGUUGUUUUUCGGUCAACAAUUAUUAAUAACUGAUCCGAAUUAAUCACAUUUUGUUCCUUUUAUAAUUGGUUUUAUAACACCUAAUAUAAUUAUUGCGAAAAUGGAUGAAGACGCUUUAUUAAAUCUUUUUGAAAAAAUCAAUAUCAAGAUAGGAAAACUGAAGCCACAUGUUAUUAAAGCGUGGUUUGAUACAGACUGUGAUAAUUUGUUGCAAUGGAUGUACACUUCAAUCACAGAGGAGUGUUAUGUUUCGGCCCAACAGGAAUUGGAGUAUGCGCAAUGUGAUGUUUUAACACACGAUCAAUUGCAGAAAAAAAUGAAAAUUAUUGAAACUGAAUAUCCUGAUAUAUGUCAGGUGGAUACAAAUAUGUUUGAAAUAGAAUUUUCUAAAAGUACAGCUGAAGUGCUUGAGGAAGAAUUGAAAGACUAUGAGCAUCAAAUAUGUGUUAACGAGGAAAUAUAUGAAACCUUAUUAGCUGAAUUAUCAAUGCUAAGUACGAAAGAAAUGCAGGCACAGCUGGAAGAAGAAUCAGCACAAGGAAACUGUGUCACCUUAGCCCAAAAUUUUGACAAAAUAAAUAGUCAAACAUAUGAUCAAAUAUUGAAAUAUGGUUCCUAUCUUAGCAGUUAUGAAAUUGCAGAAAUUCCGAGGUUUGCAAAUAAAGUAGAUAUGGGAUUCGAACAAAAAUUUUGUAAUGCAGUGAAUCAGAUGAAUUCAAUAAUUCAUGGUCAACAAGACUCAUUCGAAACAAGUUGUGUUAAGUAUUUAGCAGACACUUUAUCUGAAUUAGAAAGCUGCAUAUUCCAAAGCAAAGUUAGCCUCUUAGCUCUUCAAAUGGAAGUUGAAGCUUUAAAUUCCACAUUAAAUUUUUUAGAUAAUUAUGAUAUAAAUCAGCCAUGGCUAGACUAUGAGCCUCAUGUAUUGUCCACUGGUGUCAAUAUGGAUCAGCAAACGUCGAUGAUGAAUCUAAUUGAAAACUUGGCACGAAAAUUAGCUCAACACUGUGUAAAACAACCGACAUUUCAGUGUUUAAAAAAUCAAUUUGAAUUUUUUCAGUUAAAAUUAAACUAUGUAAAUAAAUCUAGAGACACUCUUGCCAGCAUUUUAUGCCAUUUUAUUAUAAUGCAUAGUUUAUACCUACAAGAAAAAACAGACAUACAUAGUUCAAGUCAGUUCUUCAGAAAUAUCAACAAGUAUGUUUGUGAUGAUAUAAAAGGCAUCAUUUUUAGAACAGAAGCAAUGUUGAAACUCAUCUCUGAGUAUGAAAACUUCUGCUCAAGUCCAUUUGAAAAUAAGAUCCCAUUGGUAGGCAAUUUUGGUGUGAUAGUACAGAAACCGAAUCAGACACCCUUGAUGGACGUUUUGCAAGAAGUUACUUUUCUAAGAAAUAGUGCAAAAAAAGCGCAAGAACUACAGUGGUCUUCUGUUCAUUUGGAUAAAAAAGUUUUGAGAGAAUUGCGUGACAAUAUUCAAAUCCUUGAAAAUUUCUUAAUUUGUGGACCCACUUCCCAAAUUGUAAUUGUGCCAGUCUCGGUAACAACACGACUGUUAACAGUAAACCAGAUUUUAAUAAAUCAACGUUCUUCUGUUAAGUUGUUAAUUCAAACAGCUCAAAAACCAAAGGAUCAAAGAUCGAAAAACAAGUGGAUAAAGUAUCAGAAUAUAUUGUGGACAUAUUUUAUGACAGACUCUACAAAAUUACUGUCGUUUCUGGAACAGCUUAAAGCUGAUGAAAAAAAGGGUUUGAAGGUAAAAGAUAUGUAGAAUAAUUUUUUAUUUUGUAUGUCUGUAAUUAAUUUGUAAUUUGUCAA